GGUGGUCCAGGGAGCCCGAGCCGGCUCGUGCGGGCGGAAAUAUCCCUGGCCUAGGGUUGACCCCUGCCCCCAGCCCCUUCCCCACUGGCCGGGGGGCUCAGGGCCGUGGUUGGGGGGGCUAGGGCAGGGGUGGAGCGCAAUCCCGGGUGGGACUCUCCGGCCUGGCCCCACGACCCCGAGUGACCCCUGGCAGCCAUGAAGGUGGCAGUGCUGGACCUGGGCUCCCUUUUGGCCAAAAUCUUCAAGACCCCCGGGGGCCCCUCUGCUCCCAGCGCCCAGGACCACGCAUCCCCUCUCCAGCCCUCGACCCCCGUCCUCACCUCCUCCUGCCCUCGACUGACCCCCGGGGGUCCGACCUUGGCAGGGGGGCUUCCCCCCGGCUCCCUCCCCAGUAGCCCCAGGGUCCCCAACUCCCUGCCCGGUCCCCUCCCCACCAGCCCGAGGGUCCCCAAGCCCAGCCCCUUGCUCCUGGUCCCGGCCCCGGUGGACAGGACUGGCCGCGGUACUAGCAGCUGUGUCGCGGCCCACCCUGGUCCCCUGGCGACCCCGGCCCGGUCACCCCUCGUCCCUGGCCUCAACCCGGCCCGGGCUUCUCGCCAGGUGGCCCCGGGGGACCGAGAGUCUGGAGUCUGGACAGCUCCGGCCCAGCCGGGUCCCCGGAGCCUCUUUUGCCUCCUGCCGGACAUCGGUGAGGAGUGGGCGGCGGACACUGACCCCGAGGAGGGGCCCGGCGCUCAAUCGAGGGGUCUGCCGGACAACCUGGGGGACCAUCGUUCUGCUGGGAAGAGCAGGACGCCCCUCCCUCUCCAGUUCACCAAGGACGUGCAGGACGCCAUCCAUAGCUACACCUGUAGUGAGUCCGUUUCCUCCCUGUCGUCGAGUGGACCCGCCUCCCCUACUGACCUGAACAACUCGUGGUCGGGCAUCCAGAGCGUCACGACCGGGCUGUCCACCGAGCGGAGCUCCAUCUACUCCUGGAGGGACGAUGACUUGGACAGAGCCAGUGCCCAGCGUGUGCAGCAGCUGCUGUGGGAGGUGGACGAGGCGCUGUUCGACGGGAAGGUCAGCCCCCAGACCCAGAACCUGCAGGCCGAGUGUGCCGAGUGGACACAGCGGUCACUGCACCUCAGGGUUUUGGGCCGGCAGCUUCUGCUCCCCUCAGACGAAGGUUUCCAACAUUUCCAGGCCACGGCUGCUGGCCCCCUUAGGCCCGAGCCCCUCCCCAGCCUGAGUGAAAGCAGCCUCAGCAGCCACAAUGACAAGCAGCUGUGCAUCUCCGGCUCCCCGCUGACCCUGGAAGCCUCCCCGGGGCACAUGGCCCAGGAGUCCUGUCUCCCAGGACCCCCGGGGCCACCGGACGUUUUGGCGCUCCCCUUCCUGGAGGAGGAGAUCAUCGCCCAGGAGGGGACCAUGGAAGAGUACUUUGCCUUCGACAGAAAAGACCCCGAGGACGAGGGAGCUGAGAGGAAGAGAGCCCAGCGGGCCCUGAAGAGGAGGCAGCGGGGUCUCCCCCCGGUGUCCCCGGUGGACUGUAUCAAAGAGGCCGUGGUGGCGGCGGUGUUCGACCAGGCCUGGCGCUGGCUGGUGGGGGUACUGGAGGGUCCCAUCAGGAGGGACCGGGAAACAGCUCUCGCCGAGGGGAGUAAAGCGACGGGGCGUUUGAAAGCUGCUGAAAGCCGGUUGCCGCGGCUCCCGACCUCCCAACCCGCCAGCGUCCCGCCCUCCCGGGGCUCCGAGGUGCGAAGUGCGCCCUUCCCCGCGACCCUCCUCCCAGCCCAAAUUCAGCGAUUCUCCAGCCACUGUUACCGCCAGCUGGCUGGUGUAAUGACCAUCCAGGCAAAGCCCCUGCAGCAGAGACAAACGGGCCCUGCUGAGAAGUCGGGGUACGAGCCCGAAGAGCGGGCACUCGUGGUCCGCACCAGCCUGCCUGGGUCUGCGCGGGCGGGGAGAACCCCGGACUCCAGAGUCCAGUCAGCAUCCCGGGGUCCUGCGGGAUCCAGCAGGAAGCCCCUCACACACCGCCGGCUGCCGUCACUUGGCCCUGACCUUCAGAGGUCCAAGACACCCACUGUGUACAGCGACGAGGUGCUCCGGGGCACAAGGCUGUUUGCCGGCUUGGAUCACCUGUCUCCACCACCUGCCUCGAUGGCCCGGAACAAGCUACCUCCCAUUGGCCCAGAGACAAGAGAGCCAUCACCCGCGACUCCCGGAUCUCGCCAAGGCUGGCACCGAGCCAAGCGUCUCCUCAGCCGGGUGUCCAGCGCAGUGCCCAGAAGCCCCGAGCGGCAGCCCCUGAGCGAUAGGGCGGGGGUUGCCGAUCGGUUCUCCAGACCCAACACAACCCACGCAUUCAGAGUAGGCCGACGCACCGCAGAAGAGGUCGUUGACCCCCAUGGAGUUCACGGGCCACACAUGGGCCAGGCAGAGUCUAAGAGAACCAAGUUUCCUGAGCGGGCCCCAGAACGCAGCCAGACUCUUCCCCAGGAACCAGUCAGCUGCAAGAAAGAAGUUUCAAGUGUUAUUUUGAGAAGCCCUGCCUGGAGCACCCCUGGGUCCCAUGGGCCUGCCACGGACUCUGUCUUCACACACUGAGAAGAGCUGAGGAGUAAAGGUCAAGUGUUGCAGUGUCCCUGGCCCCUGUGUCCCUGCCCGAGUCAUGGACGUGCCGGGAACGAGCCUCCUGUGUUUGCACCAAGGAACCCAAGGACCGAGGAACGCAUGUCUUUCCCUGAGCAACAGGGUGCCACCGCUGCAAGCUCAACCACUCACAGACACCUACGUAAAGUCGUGUACUCACUUUCACAAACGCACGUACACACUUUUGUACUCACACCCACAAAUACAUAUACAUACUCCCUUAAUGAAUGUACACACACUGUGUUUUCUCCCUUCUCAUCUCAUCUGUUCAUUCUACUUCCCCGGCUUGUCUGGGUGUGGCCACUAAUUCAUGCUGGAAGUUUGCCUUGUUAUUUUCAGUUGGUCACCAUUUUAAAAGGCCAAAAAAAAAAGACACUUUGGAACCUCU